AUGCCAAAAUUCGUCCCCCGCCAGCGGAAAUACAAAGCUCGGGAUAGGCAGAGCCAGCCUAAGCUGCCCCAAGAUACCAAUGUUGCCGAGGUAGCUCCAGUAUCAAAGGAGGAGAAGGAAGAAAAAAGACAAAAGUUGAGAGAGGAAUUGAGAGCUCAACAGUCAAAAAUAUCGGGCAAAAAGCAAAAGCGAUUGGAUAAGUAUAUUGAUAUCAAACUAAGAAAGGAUGAGAACCUCACACUUAUCGAAAAGCUCGCGAAGUCAAAAGUCGACACAAGCCAGCUUCAGAGCUCCCGUUCAUUAGCGCGAUCCCAUAAACCAUCAUCCAGAAAGUCGCAAUUGCCGUCUGACAAUAAACAAGGUGUGCCGAGCUUAGAUCAGCGUGAGUUUGAGAGCUCUGGGUCCGACGAGGACCUUCCUUCAUCACGGUCUCAUAUAAAUGUCCGGGGGGACGGGGACACACCCGCAAAUACCGCAGUUGGAAGUGGUCUGAAGCGGCCAUUGGAAAUUGGCGAGGAUGGGCGUCCUAUCAUAAAGCGGCGAAAGAGGGCGUCAAAAGCAAGAGCAAUCGAAAUCCAAGAACCGGUAUGGGAGGGUUUUGAUUCAGAACCUGAGUCUAACGCUGAUGAAGAAGAAGGAGACCCAGAGUUAAACUCACUUAGUGGCAGCGAUGAAUCCGACGAAGAAUCUAAUUCAGACUUAGAAAACGAAGAAAAUUCGUCAUCUGAUAGCGAAGCUGAGCCUGAGAGGAAAAUUAAGCCUCGCCAAUCUGCAUUUAAAUCAUGGGCGGUACAGCAAAUUAAUGAAGCCGCAGGAUUCACUCCAGAUAACGCUACUGCCCCCGUGCUUCCCCCUCAAGAAGCCAAGGGGUUCAAGCCGAGGAAUACGGCGGAAGAGGAGGAACCACUUCCACAAGAACUGAGGGUGACAAAUGGAGACUCGGGUAGGAAGUCAUUCGCUAUUCAGAUAAACAGGCCCGAACAUAUCCAGAGCGCUCGCUUGAAUCUUCCAGUCGUUGGAGAAGAGCAGAAGAUAAUGGAAGCCAUCCAUAAUAACCCUUGUGUGGUCAUUUGGGGAGCAACAGGAAGUGGAAAAACUACUCAACUUCCUCAAUUUCUUUUUGAAGCCGGCUAUGGAAGCCCUGAUAGCCCGAAUCCCGGAAUGAUCGGUAUUACUCAACCAAGGCGAGUAGCUGCUGUCAGUAUGGCAAAGCGCGUCGGCGAAGAGCUCGCUCAAUACUCGGACAGGGUAUCAUACCAAAUCCGGUUUGAUACAUCAGUUACAUCAAAGACUGCAAUCAAAUUCAUGACAGAUGGUGUCCUAAUCAGAGAGGUGGCACAAGAUUUUUCUCUCUCGAAAUAUUCUACAAUCAUCAUUGAUGAAGCCCAUGAAAGGAGUGUUAAUACCGAUUUACUAAUUGGCAUGGUUAGUCGUAUCGUGGAUUUACGGAAAACUCUGAGUGCAGAAAAUCCGUCUAUAAAACCGUUGAAACUAGUCAUCAUGUCUGCCACUUUACGGACAUCUGAUUUCCUUCGAAAUCCCAACCUCUUUCGCAGCGGAACUCCACCGCUAGUCCAAGCGGAAGGUCGACAAUUUCCUGUCACCAUUCACUUCUCUCGUCGAACCCAUCGAGAUUAUGUUGAAGAAGCAUUUAGGAAAGUUUGUAGGGGCCAUCGUAAAUUGCCUCCCGGUGGUUUUCUUGUCUUUCUUACGGGACAGAGCGAAAUCAAGGACCUUUCAAAGCGGCUUAAAGCUGCACUGAAAUCCACGCAGACACCCGGUCGUUCACAGGCCAGGGUUCAGAUCCGGCCUUCGGAGGCCUCUGUAGAGGCAGACGAUAUUGACUUUGGACGUGGGGGCGAGUCAGCUAUCACUUUUGAAGGAGAGGAUGAUUUUGAUAGCGAUAUUGAUAUUAGGGGUACAGAUGAAGAGGAGGAAGAUGAUGAAUUUGAUGAAGAGGAGGGUGCUGUGGAUUCAAAAACAUCCGUCCAUGUUCUGCCUCUCUAUUCUCAGCUACCAACUACUGAACAACUUCGCAUCUUUGAACCGGUACCUGAAGGUUCUCGUCUUAUAGUUCUUGCAACCAAUGUUGCCGAGACCAGUUUGACAAUACCCGGAAUCAGAUAUGUGUUUGACUGUGGGCGAUCAAAGGAGAAACAGUACGACCUAUCCACUGGUGUCCAGAGUUUCCCAAUUGGAUGGAUCAGCAAAGCGAGUGCAAGUCAGCGUGCUGGACGUGCUGGCCGUACAGGGCCCGGCCAUUGCUACCGGCUGUAUUCAUCUGCGGUCUAUGAAGAUUCAUUUUCAGAGCACACAGAGCCGGAAAUACUCCGUACCCCUAUCGAGGGAGUUGUUUUGCAAAUGAAGCACAUGGGUCUUCAUCAUAUCAUUAACUUCCCAUUCCCUACCCCUCCAGACCGUGUUGGUCUCGCCAAAGCAGAACGUCUUCUUAAGAACCUCGCUGCUUUAUCGGCGGAUGGCCAGGUUACAGAUGCAGGUCAGCAUCUUACUCUAUUUCCCUUGAGCCCGAGAUUUGGCAAAAUGCUCCAUAUCGGCCAUCAACAUGGCUGUAUGCCAUAUACAAUAGCCCUGGUUUCCGCGCUGUCGGUGUCAGAGGUAUUUAUUCAAGAAAACCAACUUGACUUAAGUUUGACGAGGCCCAAAGCUGCUGAAGAAGACGAGGAAGAAGAUAAGGUGUACACGAAUGCAGAUCGACUUGAGGACGAUGCCAGAGAGCAACGCCGAAAAGAUUAUCAGGGAGCGCAGAGGAUAUUUAGCAAGUAUGAUGAAAAGUCUGAUGCUAUGAAAUUCCUUACAGCAGUUUGCGCAUAUGCGUAUGCGCCUAAUGGAGACAAGUUCUGCUCUGAAAUGUUUUUGCGUCCAAAUGCCAUGAAAGAGGCGUCACAGCUACGCCGCCAGAUAUCGAACUUGGUUCGGAUUAACAAUCCAAACCUGUUGAGCCAAUUUGAACUUCGUCUGCGUGAGCCGUCUGACAAACAAAUCAGCGCAUUGAAGCAAAUCACAGCUGCGGGUUUUAUUGACCAAGUUGCUAUUCGGGCAGAUGCUGCUCCAGUUCGCCCUGAUAUGCCCCGAAAACCAAGGAGAGCCAUUGAUGUCCCAUACCUGACACUGUUUCCGUCACGCGACAACUAUUCCUCGGAAAUAGAGGACAGGGCAGUUUAUAUACACCCUUCGUCUGUUCUUGCGAAGCUUUCAUUGAACGAACUCCCUCAAUAUGUUGUGUAUUCUCAUUUGCAGCAGUCUACACCAUCACAUAUAGGAGACAGUCCGAAAGUCCGUAUGUUCCCUCUCACACCCGUAAGCGGUCUUCAAUUGUCUGCGCUUGCACAAGGUACGCCGCUGAUUGAGUACGGCAAACCAAUCGGGAAGGUUGAGAGUCUGGGGGGAUUACCUGAAAAACGAGAAUGUUGGGUGGUCCCUUCACUCGUUGGAGAAUCUGGAAGCACUGGCUGGCCAUUACCUGCUAAGAAGGUCAUUCAGGUCAAGGAUAAGAAACACGGAUGGAUAAUCGACCGAUUUGUUCAAUAG